AUGUCGUACUUCAUUCCGCCUGUAAACUACGGCAUGAUCGAAGAAGAACUAUAUCGCUCCGGACAGCCAAACGAGCUCAAUUUUCCGUUCCUCGAGCGGCUCAACUUGCGGACUAUAAUUUAUCUGGCGUUAGAAGAACCUAAUCCACAAUUUCAAAGCUUUGUCGAGGAGCAGGAGAUCCAGCUGGUGUUUCUGGGGGGCAAUACGCGCAUGGAGAGUCGCCGCAAGGCAUGGGAACCGCUUUCUGAAGAGACGGUGCUUGCCGCAUUAGAUAUUAUCCUCGACCGCUCAAAUUACCCGCUAUACAUGACGUGUCACCUCGGUCGAGACCGCACAGGUGCCGUGGUGGGCUGUCUGCGUAAGAUUCAAGGCUGGCAUCUGUCAUCGAUCUUUGAAGAAUAUCGGAGGUUUGCAGGCAGUAAGGUGCGACUACAAAAUGAGCAAUUUAUAGAGCUUUUCGACACGGACUUGGUAACAAUUCCCGUGAACCCGCCGACCUGGUUAAGAAAACAUUUGUAG